AAGGAUAAAAUCAAAUCGAUUUUAAUUUUUUUUUUAUAAUUUAUAAUUAUUUAUGGAAAAAUCAAGCUCCUUAAAUUCUUCAUAUUCUAUUAUUGUUGAUAAAUAUCCAUUACAUCUAGCUAUAUGGGAAAUCAAACCUAAAAUUCUUUUGAAACACAUUAAGAAAAAUGGGUGCAAUAUAGAAAAAUUAGAUCCUAGAGGCAGAUCACCUCUUCAACUUGCUGUGUUAUUAAAUAAUCUUGAAUGUGUCAAAAUCCUUUUGGAAAAUGGUGCUGAUGUUGUUGACUCUUUAAACAAAGAUGGCUGGUCAAUUAUCCACGAAGCUACUAGUGUUGGCAAUUCCGAGAUGCUCCAACUAUUACUACAACACAGAUACUAUCAAAGGUAUAUCAAGGAAAUGAAGUCUAUUCCCCAAAUCCUCAAAGCUAUACACGAGGCUCCCGAUUUUUACUUCGAAAUAAAAUGGGAAUUCUCCAGUCUAAUACCCCUAAUAUCAAAACUAUGUCCUAGCGAUACGUGCAAUGUGUGGAAAUCUGGUCCAAAUGUAAGAAUCGAUUCAACCCUAAUAGACUUUUACGAACAAGGAAUAAAUAGGGGCAGACGUUCUUACCUAUUUCAUGGCACUGGUGCUGAAGCAAAAUUUAUAGAGCUUGAUCAUGACAAGAAAACUAUAUCCACCGAAAUAUUCGAGAUGGGCCUUCCCCUGGAGACUAUAGAGUUGGAGCUCAUGAAACCUCACCCUAAUCACGUUAAGCAACGCUUGCAAAACCCUAUAAUGACAACCUAUCUGGAUGUCGAUAAUAUCCGUUUUGAAAGAAAUAAAGCUGGUUUAUGGGGAUGGAGAAAUGAAAAGAUCGAGAGCAUCAAUGGUUAUGAAUGCAAAGUUUACAACGCCCUUAACGUUGAGCUAAUCACUAAAACCAGGCUAGAACAUUUGGCCGAUUCGAAUGGGGUAAAAAAACUGAGCAAUUAUUUUACUUCCAAAAAACGAACAUCAAACGACCCUCUCCUUUCAUCGUCAACUAACACGAACUCUAAUUCGUCUAAUCACGCUACGUCGUACAAUCAAAAUCGUUUAAAUAAUUUAGUCGGUAAUCAUGAUUUAGAGACCGGCCAUUGCUUUAUGUCUUCGAUACCGCUUGUUAAUUCGUUUUUUGGGUUCAAAACUGUAUCUGAUACCACGAAAGACGAAGCAACCACCGCCAUAACUGAUAGCUCCCCCAAAAUUUAUCUAAAUGAUUCCAGGCAAAGUGACAAUACGUCAUAUGUAUCGCCCACUUUCUCUAUUAAAUCAAGCCAUAAAACGCACGACAAAACCGAUGACAUAAAUAGUUGCAAUACAACGAAAGAUUCAGUCAAACUUAACAAUCGUAAAGCCAAAUUUUCAUCUCUCGUGAGAAAAUCGAUGUCAUCUACAAACGGUAGCCCUGCCAACGAGAAAAAAGUCAUCAAAUUGCCUUCACCCGGAAGCGACGUGUCUUGCCGAGUACAAGAUGCCACGAAUGAUGAAAUAAAUCUUUAUCCAAUAUUCGAUGAAGAAAUCAAUAAUACUGGCAAAGUAACUCAAAGAUCUGUUCAAGCAAAAAGUUGCGAGCCUUUAAACUAUACAUAUAUACCCGAAUUAUCCACCGAUUUAGAGAAUGGCUACGAUGAUAUUUUUUUAAUAAAAGAUAAAAGCCUAGAGGAGUUGAAUAAUAUAAAAAUCAAUGGUGAAAUAACCGAUAAUUUAGUGAGUGCGAUAGUUGCCGCAGGAUUAGAGCCACCUCCCUGUAUAAAAGCGCCAAAAAAGGAAUCGAGCAAAGAAAGCAUCGAAGAGGAUAUAUUUUUGGAUUGUCAGGAGGAUGUCUUUGAGAUAAGCCCUUCUAAUUUAUCCAAGAGCAAGGUCAACUCGAUUCCGCAAAGCGAUACAUCAUGCGCUAAUGCAUUCUGCAAUCGGGCCGGUUUAACCAUGGAUCAAUACUUUUUCCCUUCAUUUAGUUAUCACGAUUCGACUCCCGAAUCCAACAAGGAAACGGAAGUCAAAUUUGGUAGAAAAACUAGCUUAUCCAAUUUGAAUUUUAAAAGUGCAAUUACCUUCAAUAAUUCAAACUUACCCGAGAGGAGCGAUUCGAGUGGAAAUACGGCUGGGGAUAUUGGAAGAAUUAGGAAAGAGAUAGUUAGUAAAUCACAAACGUUUAAGGCCACCUUGUGGCUUUCUGAAGAAUGUCCGUUAUCUUUGCAAGAUCAGAUCCUUCCUAUAAUAGAUCUCAUGCCUAAGAGCAACGCUCACUUUUCCAAAUUGAAAGAAUUUAUAACCCUUCAAUUACCUCCUGGCUUCCCAGUUAAAAUCGAAAUUCCUUUGUUUCACAUUUUAAACGCGCGCAUAACGUUUUGCAAUAUAUGUGCUAAAGACGAAGACGUUUACGGGGUCUGCAAAAUAGUAGACGAUUCUGAUGUCAAAGGAGGACGGGUGUCUUGUAUAAUUGAUUCUUGCGUUUUUCAAGUCCCUCUCGAUUACAAAGAUAAAAACGGUUAUUACCCAUCCUCCCUGAACUCUGCCUCCUUAAACGGGUUUACCCAUACAGACAAAAAUUUUAACAAUAUUACCAACACAGAUACUUAUUUCCUUCCCAAACAUAACACUUCUAUAUUAAAUCGGGGCGGAACUUCUAACGAUAUCGACGCUGAAAACGCUUUGUUACAAUACGCGAUUCAGCAGAGUCUCAUCGACGAAGGGACCGAAAACGAUAAGGUUACAGUCUGGGAGGCACUUAAGAAAGAGAGCCCAAAAAAUGUAGAUCAUCAAAAUGGGCCAUGUGACGAUGCCUCAGAACAAAAAAUGUCAAGAGAAAGUGAUAGUGACCAAAUAAAUACUCAACUCAAAAAUCCAAAUCUCAACAUCAAUUUAAAUGGCUCUUCUAGUUCUAGCUCUAUAGAUGAAGACGAACAAAUGAAAAUAGCCAUUCAAAUAUCCAAGAAAGAGUUGAAAGAUAAAGAAAAAAGGGACUCUUACUUUAACGAAGAAUUUGAAAAAAUUUUACAGCUUUCUUUACUUGAAAAAUGAUGUCAUAAUAUAUUUUAUACGCUAUAUUUAUUUUUUUAGAAAUAUUUAUUAUAAUAUACAAAGCAAAUUAUUAAU